AUGCAAGCAGUCGGUGGGACGAAACGCAAAUCCGACCAGUUGGACAUGCACAGCGAUGGCCGGUAUACCGUUGACAUGAUGAGCCAGAAGAUCCCAACAAAGGGCGGGAGUUCACACCCCCAAGAGAGCCCAUCCAAGAGGCAGAGGGUGGGUAUCACCCUGGUACAGAAGCAAGCACUUCUCGACAACCUUCAACUGGAGAUCACCGAGCGCGCGCGCAAGCUCAGAUCGAACUACAACAUCCAUGCGCAGAGUCUUCGUACGCGGAUAGAAAUUCGCGUCAAUCGCAUUCCCUUGUCUUUGCGCAAGCUCACAAUGGGAGAGCUCUUGGAGAGAUACUCAAAUGAAUCGCAAGAGAAGCCGAGGGCGAUGACAAGCAGUGUUAGGGGUCCGGCAGUGCCUGCCAAGGAUGUGCCAUCUCGCCCACCGACAAGGGGGACGGCUACCGCGGCACAACCUUCCACGCGCCCGGCCAAGAGACAGAGUCAUGAAAUCGCCGGCGGAGACAAGGAGAAUGAGAACCAAACCUCUCAGAAAAAGAUGCGCGCCAAUACAGCAACAGAUAUCGCGCGCAACCCAGCGCAUGUCCUGUCACCCACAACCUCCAACUCACGAGUUGCUCCCCGGACAAUCGGAAGCCCUGCACGAUCAGGAAUAACACGCUCAGCCGUCACCCCAGGCAGAGCAGCGCUAGCAAGCAACAUUCUCAACAGGAUGGUCCACGGAGCGCGGUCAACCACACGCCCCGCCACAGCAACCGGAGCAGCAUCAGCAGCGCGCAAGGCAAUAACCUCGACGGCAACAAGCAGCAGCAGCAGCAGCAGCAGCAGCACCAUCUCCACCACCACCGGAACCAGAACCACAACCGCAGCGGCGACAGCGGCAGGAAGGAAGCGAGGCGCGACCGUCACAGCAGCAGUGAACCACCCCAACCACCUCCCUUCCUCCAUCUCGAGGCCCGCCACGCGAAUGACGCGCAGAGCUAGCGGCAUCAGCGAGUCCAGCGAGAACAGCACCUCGACGGUGAUCCGCCACAAAAGGCCCAUGACGGCGCCGCCCGGCGCGCAGCCGAAACCACCGCCGGCUGCGGGUGCGACAGCGGGUGUGAAGCGGGCGGUCAUGAGUACCAUCAAGAAGGGGGUCGCGGCGGGCACGGCGAGAAAGGCGCCUGCGGCGAAGGCCACAGCAGUUGUGGGUGCGAAUGGGACGGGGACGGGGAGGGUGUUGAGAAAGAGGGCUUGA